AUGAAACCGGUAGAAUUUGAGCAUAUUAUAGGCGAUCGGAUCAGGAGUAUACAUGGAUGGGACAAUUCGAAUUGGGCAAUUAUACCAACCACAACAACGGCCGUGUCGCCAUCGUCCACCUCACCGCCGUCUGCUGUAGCUCAGCUACAAGCAGCAGCGGCUGUUGCUGCGGCCGCAUCGAACCCUCUUAGUCAUUUAUUUCCCUAUGGUGUCGGACUAUUUCCAAUGCCACCAUUACCAGCAUUAAAUUUUUCAUCAGAACAAGUGGCUAAAGUAUGUGAAGCAUUAGAAGAAAGUGGUGAUAUUGAUCGUCUGGGCCGGUUUUUAUGGUCAAUUACAGCCAUGCCCGGCUCAAAUUUAUUAACACAACAUGAGAGCAUUCUACGUGCUCGAGCUCUCGUAGCAUUUCAUCUAGGAAAUUAUCGUGAAUUAUAUCAUCUGUUAGAAAAUCAUAAAUAUACAAGAGAUUCACAUGCGAAAUUACAAGCAAUGUGGAUGGAAGCACAUUAUCAAGAAGCCGAAAAACUUCGUGGUCGUCCAUUAGGACCAGUUGAUAAAUAUCGUGUAAGAAAAAAAUAUCCCUUGCCACGAACAAUUUGGGAUGGUGAACAAAAAACACAUUGUUUUAAAGAAAGAACACGAUCACUAUUGCGUGAAUGGUAUUUACAAGAUCCAUAUCCGAAUCCAGCUAAAAAACGUGAAUUGGCACAAGCCACAGGACUAACCCCCACUCAAGUUGGUAAUUGGUUUAAAAAUAGACGACAAAGAGAUAGAGCUGCAGCAGCUAAAAAUCGAAUGUCCAGUCAACAGUAUGGAUUGAGUGGUGGAAGUUAUUCGCCUCCAUCAAGUCCCGAAUCAUCGUCAUAG